GUUUUACACCAUUGGACAACAGUUAUCUUAUUCCCCUAUAAAUACAUAUAUAGUUUGACUCACUGUUGGUGUUUCACCUCCAAUUAUCUAUAUAUUCUCCUGCCAUUACAUUAUUACAUAUACUCUACACUCCACUAAUAUAAAGUUUGGCUAUCUGAUUAAAAUUAAAAUGUCAAGUGAAACAGUGAAUGUGGAUGAGUUCCAAGAAAUAGCGAAGCAGUCACUUCCAAAAUUAUAUUACGAUUACUAUGCCAGCCUUGUGGAUCGAGGAACUGAUGUGUUUAAGGCAUUAGCCCACGCUACUCAGGCACUCCUUGCCAAAAUAUCAUCAGACCCAGUGAAAGUGGAAGACUUCAAAGAAUUGGCUAAAUUGGCACUUCCAAAAGUUUACUAUGAUUUCUACGCUGGUGGAGCUGAAGAUGAACACACACUUAGAGACAACAUACAAGCUUUUCAAAGAAUCACGAUUCGACCUCGAGUUCUUGUGGACGUGAGCCAAAUUGAUACAUCAACAACUAUAUUAGGAUAUCCAAUCUCUUCACCUAUAUUGGUUGCUCCCACUGCCGCACAUAAGUUGGCUUUCCCUGAAGGUGAACUAGCCACAGCCAGGGCUGCUGCAGCCGCUAAAACUAUCAUGGUUUUGUCGUUCUCUUCGACCUUUUCAAUUGAGGAAGUUGCCUCUAGUUGCAAUGCUGUCCGUUUCUUUCAAUUAUAUAUAUUCAAAAGGCGCGAUGUGUCGAGGCAGCUACUACAGAGAGCUGAGAGAUAUGGAUACAAGGCAGUUGUUCUAACUGUUGAUUCUCCACGCCUUGGUAGAAGGGAGCACGACAUCAAGAACAAGAUGAUUGCAGUUCCAGAGAAGAAUCUUGAAGGCCUUAUUACCAUUGACGUUACCUCUGAUCAAGGUUCCCAAUUUGAAUCUUUUGCUAACAAAACCUUGGAUGCUUCUCUGCGUUGGGAAGAUAUACAGUGGUUAAAAUCAAUCACUACUUUGCCAAUUCUGAUUAAGGGGAUUCUCACUCAUGAAGAUGCAACCAAAGCUGUGGAAGCAGGUGUUGAUGGAAUUAUUGUGUCAAAUCAUGGGGCUCGUCAACUAGACUUUGCUCCUGCCACUGUUACUGUCCUUGAAGAGGUAGUUCAUGCCGUGAAGGGUAAAGUUCCUGUGCUGUUAGAUGGAGGUGUUCGGCGAGGGACAGAUGUGUUCAAGGCAUUAGCCCUUGGUGCGCAGGCAGUCCUUAUAGGGAGACCAGUUUUAUAUGGGCUAGCAGCAAAGGGAGAGGAGGGAGUAAGAACAGUGUUGGAAAUGCUGAAAAAUGAGUUAGAGACAAGUAUGGCACUUUCUGGUUGCCCAAGCAUCAAGGACAUUUCUAGAAGCCAUGUGAGGAUGCAAUGUGAUAAGCUUCAUUCUAUGCUUUGAUGUGUUUGCUUCGUAACAUAAACAACAGUUACCUUACUUGGCUUACUAGAAGAAGAAAGAAAUUCAGUAUUUUUACCAAUAAUAUUUGGCACUUAAUCUAUACAUGCCGAAAAUUUGGCAGUUAAUCAAAUGAAGUUUCUAAA